AUGCCAUCCAGAUGUUCAACAAGAUGUUUUUCUAAAGCAGGCGCUUUUCAGGCUGGAUCAUAUGCAUUGAUUAUAUCUGAAGUUUCAACUGCAGCUGUUGCUCGAAAGAAAAAGAUCAAACAAAUCCCUGCGCAGAAAGCUUCUGAAGUUUCGCAGAGCAACAAACCCAGUGGGAGUGACUCUAUCACUACUGAUAAGAAACCCACGAGCUCGAAGCCUCCGCCACAUUCGAAACGAAAAGCUUCUCAAGUAGUUGUUUCAGAUGAUGAUGACAAAUCUCCACCUCGAACCAGACAAGCCCAAAAGAAAAGGCAGAAGGCCGUCACUCCUUCGGGAAAAGAAAAGGGAUCUGGAUCUUCGAAGCUCACUUCACCGGGUGAAAAGGUAUCUUCUGAAGAAUCACCUUUAAAAGGUGGUAGCAAUGUUUUUGUUGUUGAGAGCCAUAACUCGAGCCCAGAUAACAUUCUAGCCAAGGAUGAUGUUGGGACAGCCACUUAUGACCUCAAAGCUUUCACUCUUAAUAUUGAUCUUGAUAGCCUCCAAGGUAAGUCUCACGUGCUUUCACCAGUGGUCGAAGACGCUCAGCCUCUUGCGACUAUCAUCCCUAGUAUAGCACUCGAAGAAAGCCAUUCAACUGAUGAUUCUCCACCUACUCACAAGAGCAAAAAAGUAGAUCAACAAUGUUCAGGUAGCCACAAUGCAGCUGGUCAUCCAACUGGUAGUGAGGAUUCUUUAUCUGAACAAGAUGUUAUGGAAGAAACCUCCAAGCUAGCCACAGUGGACCUACUUCUGGUUUCGAAAGAGGUCUCAGAGGUGAUUGUUUUGUUGGGUUCUCUGAUGGAACAAAUUCAAUCAAACAUUCUUCGACGUCGCAAUGUUGAGGAACAACUUACUACGAAGGUGGCUUCUCAUAGUUCAUCUUGGAAAGCCGCUACUGAUGCGUCGAAGAAAGGUGAUGCUCUCAAGCUUAAACGCUCAGAGAAACAAAAAGAGUAUGAUGAAUGUGAGCGGAAUAUCCAAUCCUGGAAACAGGAAAUUGUCCAGCUUGAAGAAAAGAUAAAGGAGGCUGAAUCUCGUAAGGCAAUCAUUCAACAGUCCAAUGAGCAGGAAUUGACUGAAGUUGCGCGUUUAGGAAUCCAGCAUUUCGAAGCUGCACAAAAACUAGUUUCGAAAUUGACGAACUGA